AUGACUACGUCUGUGCCAAAGUUAGCGAUUCCGGGGCAACGCCUUGGAUCAAUUAGUGCAUACUCAGCCGGUCCGGGAACACACGUUCAGCAAUCCAACAUCUACGCCUCUAUCGCUGGUCCUGUCGUUGUUGACCCUGCGAUCUCACAGACAAAUAAGAAAUCAAUUCUCAGAGUCUCACGGAUCGUUGCUGGCAUCGACCCAAGCAAGUCCAAUCAAGCCUCCUCGGCUGCCUCUAAGAAAAAGCCCAGAUACAAUACCCUCCCAGCCGUCGAUUCCAUUGUUCUCGCACGUGUCACUCGUGUGCAAAAACGGCAGGUCACGGUGUCCAUUCUCGUUGUGCUCGAUGACACAACCCCAGCGAAUCCAGAAGCCAACCAAGCCGCAUCAGAUAAUGACAAUAUCGCGUCUAUUUUGACCACCGCUGCGAACCCGGAGAAUCACAGCAGCACCGACGAACUGCGUUUCCAAGCCCUCAUUCGGAAAGAGGAUGUGCGCGCCGUGGAGAAGGAUCGUGUAGUCAUGGAUGAAAUGUUCCGUGUUGGUGACAUCAUCCGUGGCUCGGUCCUUUCGCUCGGUGAUCAGAGUUUUUACUAUCUGACCACUGCACGAAACGAUCUUGGUGUCGUGAUGGCGCGCAGCGAGGCUGGAAAUAUGAUGUUCCCUGUCAGCUGGAAGGAGAUGCGCGAUCCAGUCACUGGCGCAGGGGAACAGAGGAAGGUUGCUCGACCUUAUUGA